AUGCCGCUCUGCGGUGGAACAAAGACCGUCCAGCGGAAGCUGGUGCUACUCGAGCCCACCGUUUUCGAGAACUACGUCCACGACAUCUUCAUCGACAACGUGCACGUCGAGCUCUCCCUCUGGGACACCGCCGGCCAAGAAGAAUUCGACCGCCUCCGAAGUCUUUCCUACGAUGACACGCACGCGAUCUUGCUCUGCUUCAGCGUGGACUCGCCUGACUCGCUGGAGAAUGUGGAGAGCAAAUGGGUGGGCGAGAUAGCAGAGAACUGCCCCGGUGUGAGAUUAGUUUUGGUGGCGCUGAAGUGCGAUUUGAGGGAGCAGGGACGGGAUGAGGAUGAGGCGACGCCGGAGCCAAAGAAGCCCACGAUUGAUUAUAAGCAGGGUUUGGCGGUGGCGGAGAAGAUUAAGGCGUUGAGGUAUCUUGAGUGUUCUGCGAUGAAGAACCGAGGCGUCAACGAGGCGUUCACAGAAGCUGCACGUGUGGCGCUCCAGGUGAAGAAUGUCAAGGGUGACAAGAGCAGCAGCUGUACAGUUAUGUGA